GCUCAGCGAUGACCAUUCGACAGAUGGCUAGCUCAGCAGAACUUGAUAUCACCGUUUGCCUCUCGCGGUGGAGGCCGUCCUUUUUUUUGAGAUCCAUCACGAUCACGAAGUCAACAUUAUUUACGGAGGCUUUGGCGGCAUGUGCACCAGAUGCAUCCGUCGUAGCCACUGGAGCCUGAACUCAGCUAGGGUUCAUCGCCCCGUCAAGGUUCCUCAUUCGGGUUUUGUUCGCACUCUUGCCUCGCUCCUAUGCUCGCUGAAGAUUGUCUGGAACGGAUACCAUUAUGGGGAAGUAUCGGAAGUUGGGGACUACGUAUGUACGGUCUGAAACCUUCCCCGCCGGACUAAAUCGAGGUCGUAGAAUUUUGUUCACCAAUAACCGUGCUACUUCAAGUGGCAAGCCUCGUUUCUGUCGGGUCUUACUUUACGGCCUUGCCUUGGGAGGAGUAUCUAUACCGUAUGCUACAGUACCACCUGAGAAACCCUCCAUGGAGACACACACAAACACACACACACACCCUUCUUUCCCCCCAACUUACACUACGCCAGCUGAACGAACAUCUCCAAAAAUUAAGGAAAUGAUGUAUCGAUCUCUUCUGUUGGAGUCAGUCCUCCCUUACGAAACUCGUCUCACCAUCAGACCUUCAUCCACCCUGGAACCACACAUCCCUAGCACGGCAUACCGUUCACCAACAUCCGUCCUUCGUUACUUCUGUCUAGGUAGAGUUACUUCUGCGAAAUCAUCCACUUUUUUUACUCUCCGUGGCAGCAGUCUCCGCUCCACGCAAGAAGAAGAAAACAAGCCGGGAGGGACACCGAGCCACCGACAACUUGUACCAACCCCGUUGGUAGCGCAGUAAAAGUACCAAAAUCUCUUGCCCCUUGGUUCAACAGGAUGGACAGA